AGUUGCUAACCGGGAGAGAGGGCUGGGGAAGAAAUAUGGCCAACAACCGAAGUGCUAACCUGCCUGAGGAGAAGCUUCAGCAGCUCAGCGAGCCCAGCACUUCAGCAAGAUGGGGUCCUCAACACGCCGGCGCUCGGGAACUCGCUAGUUUCUAUUCACCAGGUAAAAGGUGCCAGGAAUGGAUCAGUGUUAUUCUCUGUUUUACAUUGAUGGCCAUUAAUUUAUUUUACCUUCUUGCCUACUUUCACCUGGGCCACAGCUGGUACAUCCUUCUGGCAAUUGUGGCAGGCAUUCUAACAGCAGACUUUGCAUCUGGGCUGGUUCACUGGGGUGCCGAUACCUGGGGAUCGGUGGAGCUGCCAGUUUUGGGAAAGGCAUUUAUCCGGCCGUUUCGAGAACAUCACAUCGACCCCACGGCAAUCACACGGCAUGACUUCAUAGAGACGAAUGGUGAUAACUGCAUGCUAACAAUAAUUCCACUGGCUAACAUGGCCUACAACUUUCAUACUCUAACACCAGUGGAGAUCUAUCAUAUCUUCCCCUGGUACUGCUAUGUCUAUGCUCUGGCUAUAUUUGUGACGCUGACCAAUCAGAUCCAUAAGUGGUCUCACACCUAUUUUGGGCUACCACGCUGGGUCACGUUACUUCAGGACUGUCACAUCAUCCUUCCUCGAAAACAUCACCGAGUUCACCAUGUAUCGCCUCAUGAGACCUACUUUUGCAUUACGACAGGUUGGUUAAACUACCCACUGGAAAAACUUGGAUUCUGGAGAAAUUUUGAGGACAUAAUCCAGAGCCUGACAGGAGAGAAGCCCAGAUCAGAUGACCUGAAAUGGGCCCAGAAAACCCAGUAACUUUCCACCCGUGCCAGCUUUGCUCUCCUACCUCGCUCCUCUGCAGCCAGAGGCCAGCCUUCAUCUCCUCUUCAUUCAGUCACCCCACAACUCUGGGGAUGAGUAAACUGAAUGAAUGGAAAACAAACAAACAAAAAACGUUUGAAAAGCUCCAGCCCACAGAAGGUUGACAGUAGGAGAGAAGUCGACCAAGCGUUCGCAAGCAAUACUGCUCCACACUUCUAGCAGCAGUGGUUUGCUCUGAAAUCUUUUUUUUUUUUAUGCACAAAGAAGCCAUUUACCUCCCUAGGAGUAUAAAGUAUCCAAAAAGCCCUGUUAUAUAACUUAAAGUGCAAAAAAUUAUGAAUCCACAUUGAAAUACUUGAACGUAAGUUAAACCGAUGCCUUUUUUUGAAAAUUUUUGAGACUUGCUGAUCUCAAAGCUGAUGAGCUUUGUAUGAUUAACUGUGGAACUGGGCAUCUCUACAUGCAUCAGGCUACGAAAAGGAAAAUGCCUCGUCCCCACCCUAACUCUGACCAUGUUUUUACUGAUGUUGUGGCUUUUCUGAAGAGAGUGCUGGAAUAAGUGUCUUCACCUGUUGCUGGUGUCUGAAUGGACAAAGCAGUUACAUAUGCAGUCUUCUCCUGGUCCGCCUUACUUAUGCAGUACAUGCAAGAGACAUUUCACACAUACACACCACAAUUUACACGUUACACUCAAUGUUUUCUUCAUGGAAAACCCUUGGCUUAUGCCAGUCACACUCGUUAUAGUUGUUACAUACAGCAACACAUUAGCAAGUACCAUUCACAAAGUGUUUAAUUUACUUAUUUUUUUUGCACAACACAUCUUAGCUGUUCUACUGUAGGUGCUAUGAAAAAAAAAAACUGUUACAUUUGCUCUAGUUUAAGCUCGUCAAAUAGUUUUGGUGUAUAAGAAGGCUUGUGCAGGAUCAUUUUAUGAAAAUAUUCUUCACCCCUUGAAUAGUUAGGCAAAGUUUAUCAUGAUUGGUCGCUGAGUGAAUUUACAUGCACGCUUGAAUGUAUUUUGUAUGUAAACCAUGUCACCAGUGGUUUAUCUGCCAAGCUGGUUGCUGAGCAGAUGUACAUAGUCUUGCUCAAAGAAAUGCAAUAAAUCAGUUAUAUAAAGGAAA